CACUGCCCGAGUGCCUCCUUCCCAUCCCGUGCCUGGAUUAGAAUGACCGCAACAGCCACCCCGGGCAGCACCCACAAGCUCGCCAGCACCAAGGAGGAGAGGAAGUUAAGGAAACCCCUCAUUGAGCGGAAGCGAAGGGAAAGGAUUAAUAACUGCUUAGACCAGCUGAAGGAGACAGUUGUGGGAGCAUUUCACCUGGAUUCUAAACUGGAAAAAGCAGACAUCCUUGAAAUGACAGUGAAGCACCUCCAGAACAUCCAGAGCAGCAAGAUGAUGGCUGACUCCAAAGUGGGUCUGGAAGCCCAGCAGAGGUACAGCACUGGGUACAUUCAGUGCAUGCACGAGGUGCACAACCUCCUUCUCACCUGUGAGUGGAUGGACAAGAGCCUUGGGGCGCGCCUACUAAACCACCUGCUGAAAUCCUUGCCCAGGUCUGGUGAAGAUACCUGCAAAGCAGCACUGAGGUCUUCCAGCCCAUCUCAACAGCCUCUCUUGACGCCAAAAGGUCCCCUGAGCCCUAAGGGGAGCAAUCGGGGCACAAACCUGGCACAGGAGCGCUUCUACUCUGCAGAGAACAAGCAGGCUUCCAAAAAUUCCUUCCAGGUGCCGUUGCUGUCGGUUUUCAACCAGGUUGAUGCUGCGCCUCCCAGACAGGUUCUGCAGCCAAAUUUUUCCCAUAACAACCCUAGAAUGGGGUCAUUAGAUAUGUGGAGACCAUGGUAAAGUGUGUUUUCAAUUUUUAUCCUAACCUUAGACACUCUUACGUAUGUAUCUUAUAGAUAUGUUUCUUUAAAACACUUGUGGAGCAAGUCUGUUCCUGUAGGUGUACUAAAGACCAGGGUACUUCAAGCCGAAGUAAACCUAUGUGUAGCCUGCAUUGUAGAAGGCUGCUAUUAUUUUUUAUUUAUUUAAUACAUCUAAAUUAUUGUAUAGAACCCUCUUAUGCUCUUUAGCUUAUAUUAAUUAUAUAGUUUUCUUGUCUUAUGUUCUAAAAUAAUUAACUUCCUAUUAAUAAAAAUACAAAACAACAGGCAAUGGCCCUUUCUGGCAUCAGUUACCUCUCAGAUCUCACAUAAACCACUGAGAUAACUUUGUUGGAUAAAGGGGUAAACAGCUGAUCUCUUUGGCUUUUUAUUUUUUUAUUACCCCUGUACAGCUGUAGGAGAUUCCAGUGUCAAUUCCUGUAAAAAUGCUGCAGUGGUUAGGAAAAAAAAAAAAAAAAAAGAGAGAA